CUCUCUCUCUCUCUCUCUCUAAACCUUCUUCCACACUCUUUUCCUCUGAAAACCCCUCUUUUUUAGGGUUUAUUUCGCCAUUAAAGAUCAUCAAUCACUUGAACAAAUAGCAGAAAAAGCUCAAGAACACACAAAAAUGAGUGUUUCAAAGUUCAUAAAAUGUGUAACUGUUGGAGAUGGAGCUGUUGGCAAAACCUGUAUGCUCAUUUGCUAUACCAGCAACAAGUUCCCCACUGAUUAUAUACCAACAGUUUUUGACAAUUUCAGUGCUAAUGUGGCUGUGGAUGGGAGCAUUGUUAACUUGGGAUUAUGGGAUACUGCUGGUCAAGAAGAUUACAGCAGAUUAAGACCACUGAGCUACAGAGGUGCAGACAUAUUUGUGUUGGCUUUCUCUUUAAUAAGUAGGGCAAGCUAUGAAAAUGUCCUUAAAAAGUGGAUGCCGGAACUUCGACGUUUUGCACCAAAUGUUCCGGUAGUGCUCGUCGGGACAAAAUUAGAUCUUCGUGACGACAAGGGAUAUUUAGCCGACCAUGUCGGUUCUAAUGCUAUUACCUCCGCUCAGGGUGAGGAACUUAGGAAACAAAUUGGUGCAGCUGCUUAUAUUGAAUGCAGCUCCAAGACUCAACAGAACGUGAAAGCGGUUUUUGAUACGGCCAUCAAGGUGGUUCUUCAACCUCCAAGGAGAAAGGAGGCCGUGAGGCAGAAAAGGCGUAAAAGCUCCGGUUGCUCGAUUAUGGGUGUUAUGUGUGGUGGGUGUGAUGCUUAGGGGUUUUAAUCCAUGGCGGAGCUUUUGGCAUCCGUUUGUCAAGUUUUCCGGUUGUCGGUUUUCUAUUUUUCAAGGAUUCAUGUGUGAAUGUUGUUGGCCGCGGUUGAUGUAGUUUUGAUCGCUUGGCGUUUUUGUUGCUUUGCAUUGCAUUGCAUUUC